GGGCGCCGUGCUGCUGACGCGCGCGCCGCGGGGCCGCGACGCCGUGGGCGCCGUGUGGUCGGACGGCGGCCUCCUCUGCGUCCUGGUGCAGCGGACCACCAGCGCGCGCUGCCCGCACCCCCGCCACCCCAACGGCCACGUGGCCGCGCUCAAGCACGGCUUCAGGAUGGUCAAGACGCACCUCGGCGUCCCUGCGGGCAUCUCGGACGAGGAGCUGGAGGCGGGCACGCUGACGACGCGCAUGGAGCGGCGCCUGGUGCGCUACCUGUGCGCCGUGCGCCGGGCCGUCACGCGCCGGGAGCGCCGGCAGCGCGACCCCGCGCUCCAGGGCGCCGAGGAGAGCUCCACGACCAGCGGCUCCACCGACUCGUCGGCCUCCGUGUCCGGGUCUGUGUCGGGCGACCAGGUGGGGCCGGCGGCGCGCAGGCUCGCGGCCCACGCCACUCGCUGCGUGGCGAGGGGUGUGGGCCUCUUCAUGGCCACCCGCGGCCGGCCCGCCAUCUUCUACGUGUACGUCAGGACCAUCGCCGUGGCCGACCUGCGGGUGGAGGUGUUUGGGCCCGCCGGGUCGCACGGCUGCUCGGGGAAUCCUCCGGCGCUCGCAGAUCACCAGGCCGCCAGCGACACCUUCAUCCUGGUCGUCUUCCUCGUCAGCAUCAACAAGGUGGAGGUCAGAUACACGCCGCGGCUCGCGGGGCCGCAUCACGUGCACGUCAGCCUGGGAGGCAGCGCCGUUGUCGGCUCCCCUUUCCACGUGCUGGUGGCCGAACAGGACACGCCACCUCCGGCUGCGGUCGAGGAGGGCGAGCGGGAUGAGGAUGUUCCGGGGGGACUGAAGGCGGCGAGCUCCCCGCGGAGGCCUCACCGCUCACCCCGCCGCCGUCGCGUCAAGGUGGUGUACCGCAUCGUGGAUUUCGUGACGGAGAAGAUGCUCCUGACGGAGGACGGGCGGCUAGAGAGGCUGCCGGACGCCAUCGUGACGCACUCCACGACGCCCCCACGCGUGUACGUCCACUACCACGCGACCGCGGUGGCGGGCGGCGCGGCGACGCCCAAGGGCCGCGUCUCCAAGAGGGUCCUGCCGCGGGGCCAGCGACCCGCUGUGGCGGCGGCGCGGCACCGGGCGCGUCCACCGCCCACGGCCUCCGAGGACUCCAGCUCGGAGCAGGACGAGGAGGACUCCAAGCCGCCGCAGCCAGCCCAGGCCAACGGGACCAGCGAGUCGCGCUGCCUGCGCAUCCUCCGCACCUGCGCGCUCAUCCUUCAGCACUUCCCCAAGACCCGCAGCUUGCACAUCAUGCGCACGGCGGACGACAUCGUGAGCGGCGGGGCGCACCUGCGCAGGCCACCGCCCCUCAAGAUUGUCCACCCGGAGGACGACGACGACGACCUUGACGGGCUGACGGAGGCGGCCGACCUCGCUCCCAGUGUGGCCGACACGGACGCGAGCAUGGACGACGACAGCGGCACGCAUGUCGAGGCGCUGUCGGCCUGCUACUUGGACUCGUCGCGACCCGGGAGCAGCCUGAGCGUUGAGGAGGUCGUCGUGACCGCGACCAGGACCCUGGUGUUCGGCCUGGUGCCCGAGGUGACGAGGCUCCUCAACGACGCGGCGCUGCACCCACACGACGAGGCAGUCGCACAACCGGGCGACGCGCAGUACGGCGACGAGCAGGCGGCCGAAGAACAGGCGGCCGACAAGGAGGUGGCCGACAUCACGGGUGUCAUCGACGGGGACAUGUCAGAUUGCGAGGGACCCGAUAUUCCCUGGCCGCCCGAUACCACGAGCCGCAUGCAGGAAGAGGCUACCGUGACGCCGGCGGACUGUGAACGACUCGACAAGACUCCUAGAAGUUCCGAAAAUAGCGUUUCUGCUUUGUCUCCUGGAUCCGCCACUGAAUCACUGAGUAACAGCCGACCACCUGAAGUGGAAAUGAUUGAACACGUUCCAACCAUGUCAAAACCUGAUGCUGCUCCUGAACAAGGAACAUCUACAACGAAAAUUGCCAGUGACACCUUAGAAAACGUUGUGAAGGAGCACACCGAAGUGCAAGCAACUUCAAUGAACAUUACGAUUUCACACGCUGGCUGCAAUAGCGAAGCAGGCGUUGCGGGGCCGAAAGUAGAAUCACAAGCUGAAUCCCUCGACGAAGGUAGUGUUCACGUUUUGAGUGUUGGGACAAAUUAUGUGCCUCCCGUGAACACUGCAAGUGUCGAACCACCUCUUGGAAACGUGAAAGCAGGAAACGUUGGCGACACGCGAGCGGGAGGUGAGGUGGCGCUGAUAGCGCCGGAGAGCGCAGAGGUGUCUACAAAAGCGAAGGAGAACCCCCUCAGCAGUCCGCAGAGUAGUCCAAGAGCACGGCCAAUGCCUGACGUGACUGUACCGACGGCCCAGGACCCUGACGCACAAGGUGUCGAGACGGAGGCCGACGACCAGUUCAAGUCGUGGCCGUCGAACACGGCGUUCGGGGAGCCCGAGCUUGGGUCGGUGGUGGACUUCGAGCCCGUGAUCGCGGCCCCGAGUCUGGACGAGGCGCUGCGCCAGCUCGACAUGAGCAUCCAGAAGGCGAGGAACGGACACCCGCCAGGCAGCCAGGCCGACGUGCUCUGUGAGCUGGACGGGCUCACCUUCAGGCUGCAGGACUCGGGCGCCGGCGCGGACAUUUGGGCGGAGGGCGCGGCCGCCGACAUCGAGGACCUGAUGGGACUCAUGGCGCCACAGCCGGAAGUCAGGCCGCCGCCGAGGCCAGAGUCACCCCGCCCGCCCCUGUGCAGCUGGAUGUCCAUCAUAAGGGAGGAGGGGGAGGAGGACGCGGGUCAGCGCGACGUGGCCGUCAUGAAGGACACCAUCGCACAGGAGGUCUCGGGAGAAAGUGAUAAGCAGGAUGGAGAGGAAAGUGUGGAGAGGACGCUGCAAGGCACCAUCAUCAUGUCGCCCGCCGUACCAGUGGAGGUUGUGGGGCAGCUGCUCAGAAGGGAGAGUGGAGAGAUGGCAGUUCAAUCCGUAGGCUCGGAGACCGUCUCAGUAGAGGUCGUGGGACAGGAUGCUGAGGAGACUGGAGUAGAGGGGGAGGAGGUGGAAGUGCAAAGCGUCAUACCGGACACGACCCCAAAGGAGGUCGUAGCACAGGAUUCUAAACAAAUCGAAUGUGGUGAGGCGAGGUCGGUGCAAAGCGUCAUAUCGGGCACCGCUUCGGUUGAGUUUGCGACACAGGUUGCUGGGCAAGUCGGAGGAAGGGAUGAGGGAGUAAUAGUGCAACCUUUCAUCUCGGACACCGCAUCAGUGGAGAUCGUAGGACAGAGUGCUGAGCAAAACGGAAGAGAGAAUGAGAAGUUGGCAGGGCAACUCGUAAUUUCUGACACCACCUCAGUGGAGGUCGUGGGACAGAGUGCUGAGGAGAUCAGAACAGAGGGUGAAGGGGUGUCGGAGCAAAGCAUCAUAUCGGUCACGACCCCAAUGGAGGCUGUGGGGCAGGGUGCUGAACAGGCCGAAGGAGAUGGUGAGGGCGUGAGGGUGCAAAGCGUCAUAUCGGACACAACCCCAGUGGAGGUAGCUGGACAGGCUGAUGAUGAGAUCAGAAGAGAGGGUGAAGGGGUGACGGAGCAAAGCAUCAUAUCGGUCACUACCCCAGUGGAUGUCGUGGGACAGGGUGCUGAGGAGAUCAGAAGAGAGGGUGAAGGGGUGACGGAGCAAAGAAUCAUAUCGGUCGUGGGGCAGGGUGCUGAACAGGCCGAAGGAGAUGGUGAGGGCGUGAGGGUGCAAAGCGUCAUAUCGGACACCACCUCAGUGGAGGUCGCGGUACAAGAUCCAAAACAGAUCGGAGGAGAGGGUGAGGAGGGGUCGGAGGUACUGGACAUCUCGCCCAACACCAGUGCGAAAGUAACUGGGCAGACUGCUGAGCAGGCUGGAGAGAAAAGUGGGUAUCUGUCGGAGCAAAGGGUUAUCUCGGACACUACCUCGAUGGAGGUCACGAACUCGUGUGCUGAAGCCCCCGCCGAGGAGGCGGAGCAGAGGGUGUCCGAGCAGAGCAAGGAAGCCGUCGGGGCCGACACCACGUCGUUGGAGGUGACGGACCAGGCAGCUGAGCGUCCCAAGAAGCCGGCUGAUGUGCAGCCUGAGCAAUCCAUCUCCGUCGAUAGAUCAGACCAAAGUGCUGAGGCCACCGCACAGCAGAAUGCUGCGGGGUCCGCCACUGAAGAUCAGGUAGCAGCAACGGAUAACGAAGAGAUUGAGAAACACCAACUUACAGCCCUUGUGGAGACCCGGGUGGAAAACAACGUCCGUGGGGAGGAGAAGGAUAUGGAGGACACUGUCCCACGUGGAGAGGCUACAACUGAGGAGUCGGACAUGAUGAGCAACAAUACGGAGCUUACAGAAAAGUCAGUGCAAAGGGCACAGGUAGUUAAUGAAAAAGGGUCGUGUGAAGGCGUCGACCAAUCCGCUGACGUAGAGGCACAUUCAGCAAACGAGACACUCCAACAGGGAACCCCUGAUUUGAAUAUCCAGGAUGAAGAUGUGGUAGCCCCAGAGGUAAACAUCGGCCUAAAGGAACCCACAGAAAAUCACUUCGCCUCAGAGAAAACCACGGGCAUCGACGUGGAAAAUUUAGAAGGGACGGCCUGCUUAAAAGAAACGACCAGCCCACAAAUCGGAUCAGUACAGGAAAACAUUGACCCAAUAGGAGUCAUUAGCCUACAGAUUGAGCAUACAGAACCUACAGCCCCAAAGGAGCAAAAUGUCCCUGAAGCUGAUCCUUCAGGAGUAAGAGGCCCAGAGGAGAAUUAUUCUAGCCCGAACGUCGAGCUAGAAGAAGAGCCAGUCCAAUCGGAGCCCGCAGAGGAGCGCGCAGAGCUACAGGAAGCCUCACCUCUUCUAGAAGCAACAGCACAAGAGGGAGAACCCGGUGAAAAUGACACCCCGUCCACAAGUAAGGCCACAUCGGUUAAGUCAACGCCGAUAAGUGCCUCUCCUGAAAUAGCAACUGUCCAUCUGACAGGAAGCUCGCCAAAAUCACAAAAAAUCGUCCUUGGCUUUACGGACGAGCAGGUGAAAGCAGCGAAAGAUGAAAUUUCUACAGGAGUGGUCGCUUCCCUACCAUCUGAGCAACGGCCGCCCCACGUCCAAGAUGUGGCUCUAGAGGUGACAAAGACUGCCGAGGAGGUAGUGGUUUCGUACAAUCAAGAAGAGAGCAAGGUCAGUGAGGCGCCGGCUGAUUCGAUUGCUGAGCCCCAAGAAACACGAGAGGCUCCGUGCCCAGUCGUACAGCCGCGCAGGAGGUCCAAGGUGCGGGACAUGGUUGCGGCGAUCGAGGCCAGCUCCGGGGAGAAGGAGGGCCCGCAGGUCGAAAGCCACCCCAGACCCUCACGCCUGACGACGCGCCAAGUAGAGCCCCUUCCACAUCCUGAGACGAGAAAACCUGACCCUCGUGUCGAACUCCAGACGCAGACGACGGAUUCGGUGGAGUCGCAUGCAGGAAACAAAUCAAGUGUGUCAGUAAAGUUGGCGCAAGGGUGCCAGGGGGCGCCCCUCAGCCAGUCCCACGCAGAGUCUUGCAGCGAGUCUCACAAUGAGCCCCUCGACGAAUCCCUGCCCGAGUCCCACUCCAAACCCGCCACCGAAUCCCACGCCGAGCCGCUCAUCGAGUUCAACGAAGAACCAAUCACCAAGCCCCACGACGAGUCCCUCCCAGAAUCGAACGCCGGGUACCACACCGAACCUCCGGCCGAGUCCAACGAAGAACCCAUUAGCAAGUCCUACGACGAGUCCCUCCCAGAACCGAACGCCGAGUACCACACCGAACCUCUGGCCGAGUCCAACGAAGAACCCAUUAGCAAGUCCUACGACGAGUCACUUCCAGAAUCGAACGCCGAGUACCACACCGAACCUCUCGCCGAGUCCAACGAAGAACCCAUCACCAAGCCCCUCGCCGAGUCCCCCGCCGAGCCUUUCGCCGAACACCCAGCGCUGCCCCUCCCCCUGCCCAGGUCCACGGCCCUCGUCAUGAAUAUUGAGAAGCAGCGGGCCGCAAACAACGCCGCCAAGACAUCGGGGGGCGAUAUCGGGCCAGAACAACGUGACGGGAAAUCGCUUUCUGAAAGCCAGGAAAUUGAAAGUAUUCGCGAAAAUGGUUCGACGGUGGCCGUUGACAAUGUGACAGCAGAAACCAAUCCGGAGCCGGCCGAGCAGGCCAGCGCCGAGGACUCGGCUGCCCUCCUGCUGGACUCACUGCCACUGCUCUCCCCGGACAGUGAGAAGGAGAUCGAGCGCCAGUUCGAAUCGCUGAUGAAGACCCAGUGCCAGCCCGUGGAGCCCGUAGAGGCCGAGUUCAACUCACUGGUGCGCGAGCCCACCAUUAGCAAGCAGCCCCACGCCCGCUCCUACCCGGCGACGAAGUUCUUUAAGUAUUUGGAGGAGAGUCAGGACUCGGUCGACGAGCCCAGCUUUCUGGGUAACUGUGACCAGGUUGACGGCAGCAAAGCACUAACUGAAGCGCUGCAGUCGUUGGUGGAGGACUUGGCAAAACCCCCCAUUCAGGAGAACACCCCGGUGGUCGUGGCAGAGGCUGCAGUCGCGGCCGGGCGCACGGAGAAGGAGGACGAGGGGAGCCCCGACGAGAACAGUGUGGCUGAGUUCGGGGCCAUGGGUGCGCUCCAGGUGCGCCUAGGGGAGGGAGUCAGCGAGGACGCGGUUGGUCACCUCGCCGACAUCGCCGAUGCCCUGGAGAACACUAUCGAGGGCAUUGAGGUGGGCCAACUCGGCCAGCAGGGCAAGGCGCAAAAUAGAGAGCGGAGGAAGGAAGAGGAGGAGAGCCUGUUGGAGCUGUGCGACAAGCUCCUCCUCAUCGCUGGCCAGGGCCAGCACCACCUCUCACCAGCCACGACGGGACUCCCCGGGCCCUGCGACUCCCUGUACACCGCCGUGCCCACCAUUGAGCCCGACGACGAUAUCCUCAUUGUCACGCAGUCGGGCUCGGACACCACCAUCCGCAUGAUCGCCACUCCACCGCUGUCUCCAAGGCCGGGCCCGACCACCACCUCCGCAGACUCGGGCUCCUCCACCUACAGGCCGCCCGUGCCCCCGAAGCCCCCAGUCAGGUCACCCCGGCGAAAACACCUUUCCCCGUCCUCCCCCAGCAUUGCAGGGCCGGGUCCGGGGCCGGAGCCAGAACCUGGGCCAGGACCGGAGCCAGAGCCAAGGCCCUCCCCGACGAGUCAGGGGGACGCCGAGCCCGUCGACCGGAAGCACCCGCUGUACCGCUCGCUGGAGGACGUCAGCGAGACCAAGCAGCUCUCCCUAUCAGCCCCGGCGGAAAGCGACCUCGGUGACCUAGACUCGCUCAUCUCCGAGGCGGGCUUCCCGCUCAGCAUGCGCGUCACGCACCGGAAGCUCUUCUGGGACAAGCAGCUCCAGCGCAACACGGAGGGGGAAGGCGUCGCCCACGCUCCCCACGCCGCCCCCGCCAAGGGGAGGGGCAUAACCUCCGACAGACCCGCGCCCGCACCAGCGGCCUCGUCCGCGGUGCACACGGUGGUGCUGACGUCGACUCCACCGCGGCAGGCUGAGCCGGAGAGGCAAGGCCCUCCGACCCCCCCACCCAAGCCCACCCCAAGGAAGCACAGGGUCGCCCUGGCCCCGUCCCCACCCGAAGACUUCACGGCAGGCUCCAGCAGCAGACUCCAGGUGCUACGCAAGGCGCGGACGCGCACCGGGGCGUGCGAGGCGGAGGCGCUCCCGGCGGCCGGCAUCGUCAAGUCCGGCAGGCGGUUCUUCGAGAGCACGGCGCAGCAGCAGAAGGUAUCGGCGAGAACGCCAUGUUGUGCCGCGGAGGUCGUGGACCCUGUCACCAGGAUUAGGAGGGAGAUCGAGGCCCUGGAGAGGCGGACUCAGCAGGUGCACCAGGCGCAAAAGCGACAGCAGAGCGCUUUCAAUGUCCCAAAGAAGCGCGCGCCGCCGCCACCACCGCCUGUCGCAACCUCGACCACGGCCACGGCGUUCUCGGCCUCGGUUAGGGCGAGUGGAACUUCCGCGCCAGGGGGAGGUCCCGGCAGCCGACAUAUUGACACAGGCAGCACCGCGAUGCGAACCAGCAAAACUUCGAACCGAGCCUUGCCGACAGUCGAGCUUGAGCAGGACAUUGGUGCGAUCGACUGUGCCGUCGGAGCAAGUUCCACGCUCUUGGAGCGGAGGGAACGUUUCGAGCGCGCUAAAACCUACUUCAAGAAACUGGAGGAUCCUAAGGACGUCCUCGGCGAGGGGAGGACGACGAUCAGCCUCAAGGGCACGCCGCACCGCAAGGCCGUCCUAGCCGCCCUCAGCUCCAUGGACUCCCCCGGCGAGGCCACGUCCCCCUACGACAGCGUGGCGGACGGCGACGGCACGCUGCUCCGCAAGUCGUUCGAAGACCUGGACGCGGACGAGGACGGGGGGCCGCCGAAUAACAAUGAUCACAAUUUUCUAGAACACUGGUACAAAUUUUUGAUACCCUGUAUCCUAAAUACUAAAUGGCCCACUAAUUCUGCAAUUGGACCCAAGGUCAUACAUUAA